AUGUCAAAUUCCAGGACAAAGGUCAUAAGAACUCAUGAGGGCCAUCUAUUGGAACUUAUGGACGAGAAUGUCCAAUCUGUGAAUGCUUUAAAAUCCAAGCUCACACGGAAUCACGAUCGUGAUGACAGUCGUGAUGACAAUGACAAUGACGAUGGCGAUGGCGAUGGCGAUGGCGAUGGCGAUGGCGAUAGCGAUAGCGAUAGCGAUGGCGAUGGCGAUCGCGAUGGCGAUAGCGAUAACGACCAAGAGCAUGUUGUGAAGAAAGCUAAACGGCAGCUCGCAGUGCAGACCCCCACAGGAACUUUACAAGUUAAUUCGGAUGACUUCAGACAAUACCACCAGGCCAAAAGCAGAGUACGAGAUUUCUACCGAGAACAACACGAGAAACAAACCAUGGCGUUCAAUUUACAAGCGCGUGUGAAUUUCAAGACCAAAACUAGGGCCAAAAUGACCAUUUGGGAUGCUCUAUGCAAGCUAAGUAUGCUGAUUGAUGAUUCAGAUCCAGACACCGAACUCUCCCAAAUAGACCAUGCUCUACAAACAGCAGAGGCUAUUCGUGCCGAUGGAAAUCCGAGGUGGAUGCAGCUUGUGGGCUUGAUUCACGAUCUGGGUAAAAUCCUUUACUUUUUCGACAGCGAAGGUCAGUGGGACGUUGUAGGAGACACGUUCCCUAUCGGCUGUAAGUUUACCGAUCAGAUUAUUUUUCAAGAGUUUUUCAAGGGAAAUCCGGAUGACUCGCAUCCCAUCUAUUCCACAGAGCUAGGUAUUUAUGAACGUGGAUGUGGUCUAAGUUCCGUAAUGCUUUCGUGGGGUCAUGAUGAAUACAUGUACUAUAUUGCCAAAGGCCAAUCUACCCUGAAUGAGAGAGCACUAGCCAUGAUUCGGUACCAUUCUUUUUACCCCUGGCAUAGAGAGGGUGCCUACCGCUACCUGAUGAACGACAAGGACUUCGAAAUGCUGAAGGAAGUCCAGGCCUUCAACAAAUACGACUUGUAUUCGAAAUCGCUGAAAAGAUAUGGUAUAAAAGAGCUAGAACCGUAUUACUUGGAAUUGAUAGACGAGUUUUUUCCAGCUAAGUACGUUGAAUUCUAA